AUGAGAGUAUCAACACCCACGCACCACCGCAACAGUCCAUUGUCACAUUCUCGCUCAAUUUCACGUUGCCCUCCAUUCGAUAACACCAAGAAAUUAUACAAAAUGAGUUUCUCUUCGGACGCAUCUUCGGCAUCGGCUGCAGUGGAAGCGGCGGCAGCACAGAAAAAAUUGAAUUUAGAAAAAGCGACCAACUUCAUGAAACAAUACAGAGACCCGCACAGCCGCGAACUGAAAAAACUGUCGGCCAACCAAUUCAUGGAUGUCUGGAGCCACUACGACAAGGACGGUAAUGGAUACAUCGAAGGCACCGAGCUGGACGGCUUUCUGAGAGAAUUUGUCUCCAGUGCUAAUACCGCGGACGUCAGCCCUGAGGCAGUUUCGGAUGCCAUGUUGGUGGAGCUCAAGCAGUGUUUCAUGGAGGCCUAUGACGAUAAUCAAGACGGGAAAAUUGACAUCCGUGAACUUGCUCAACUUUUGCCCAUGGAAGAAAACUUUCUACUUCUAUUCAGAUUCGAUAAUCCAUUAGACUCCAGUGUCGAGUUCAUGAAGAUAUGGAGGGAAUACGACACUGAUGGUAGUGGAUAUAUCGAAGCCGACGAGCUAAAGAACUUUCUAAGGGAUUUGCUGAAAGAAGCGAAAAAAAUCAAUGACGUGUCCGAAGACAAACUCAUCGAAUACACCGAUACAAUGUUGCAAGUAUUCGACUCGAACAAGGAUGGGAAAUUGCAGCUUUCCGAGAUGGCCAAGUUGCUGCCCGUCAAGGAGAACUUUUUGUGCCGGCAAGUGUUCAAAGGAGCUACAAAACUGACAAAGGAUGAUAUCGAAAGAGUAUUUUCGUUGUAUGAUCGAGAUAACAAUGGCACGAUUGAGAACGAGGAACUACGAGGAUUUCUAAAGGAUCUGCUCGAGCUGGUUAAAAAGGAUUAUGACGCCGACGACUUGCAAGACUUCGAGGAAACUAUACUGCGAGGGGUGGAUUACAACGACGACGGGAAAAUCAACAGGAAAGAGUUGACAAUGAUACUCCUUGCACUGGCGAAGCACAAUCAGGAGGACGACUCUGCCGCUAAAAAGGAAUAA